AUGGAUGUGAGCGGCUAUGGAGAGACCUCUGCGCUCGGUGAUAGUAUCUGUAGAGCAGCUGCAGAUCUCUCUUACGAAAAGCCGUUCAGCAGGCGCUUGACGAUCUUGGGAUCUAAGUUGUCUCCCCGUCGCACUCCUCUACCGCCAGGUCCAAAGCCGGAAUUCUAUUAUGGAAAUUUUCGUCAUCUGCCUACUAAAUAUCCCUGGCGCACAUACGAGAAAUGGGGCCGCGAGCAUGGCCCUGUUGUCUAUUUCCAUGCGCUCAGCAAGAAAUACAUAGUCCUCAAUACAUCGAAAGCUGCUGCUGAUCUCCUUGAUGCAAGGGCCGAUAUAUAUUCCGAUCGUCCCAUGUAUACUUUCGUACUAGAGCUUGUCGGACGCAAGAAGGCUGUCUCUAACUCCUCGUCCGUACAUCCGCAUUUCAAGAAGUAUCGAAAAGUACUUGCCACUGGUCUAAACGCGCGAGCCACAAAGAGCUAUGCCAACCUCCAGACGGAUCAGCUCCAUUUACUCCUCCUAAACUUAGUGAAGACUACGGAGCAGUUUAUCUCGCAUAUACAGAGAUAUGGGGUCGCUGUCAUUCUCAAGUUGACGUACGGGUGGACGCUCUCCGAAGGCGCCAAUGACCCCAUUCUCUCUGUCGUGGACGAAGUGUUGAAUUUGCAGCGAGAGCUUACGCGUACCGGCAGAUGGCUUGUUGAUAACUAUCCGAUUCGCAUGUCUCUUUCCCUCCUAUUUUUACAUACUGGGUCUCUGAUCAUGCACAUAGUAAGAUAUGUUCCGGAAUGGUUUCCCUUUGCAAGCUUCCAGCGUGCUGCUCGAAAAUACAAGACUCAGUUUCUACAGAUUGAUGAAUUCCCAUGGAACUGGGUUUAG